GUGCCGCAGCGCCACCUCGUCGAGAAAGCCGUGCUCGUGUGGAAGGACACCGCGGCGCCGCUCGCGCUCGCUGACGGCGCCGACGAGGAGGCCAGGAAGAAAGCUGCAGAGGAGGCGAGCGCUGCUGAGGGUGCCGAUGGGAAAGCUGCCGAGGUGGAGGGUGCGAGCGAGGAGAGUGAGGAGGCCAAGAAGAAAGCUGCCGAGGAUGAUGCGAGAGCCGCGGAGGAGGGCCAGAAGAAAGCUGCAGAGGAGGCGAGCGCCGCUGAGGAGGCCAAGAAGAAAGCUGCCGAGGAUGCGGGUGCCGCGGAGGAUACCGAGAAGAAAGCUGCCGAGGAUGCGAGGGCGGUCGAGGAGGCCCAGAAGAAAGCUGCCGAGGAUACGAGGGCCAAAGAGGAGGCACAACAGAAAGCUGCCGAGGAGGCGAGGGCCGCUGAGGAGGCCAAGAAGAAAGCCGCCGAGGAUGCGAGGAGCGCUGAGGAGGCCAAGCAGAAAGCUGCCGAGGAUGCGAGGGCCGCGGAGGAGGCGCAGAAGAAAGCUGCCGAGGAGGCGAGCGCCGCUGAGGAGGCCAAGAAGAAAGAAGCCGAGGAUGCGAAGGCCGAUGAGGAGGCCAAGAAGAAAGCUGCCGAGGAUGCGAGGGCCGAUGAGGAGGCCAAGAAGAAAGCUGCCGAGGAUGCGAGGGCCGAUGAGGAGGCCAAGAAGAAAGCUGCCGAGGAUGCGAGGGCCGUUGAGGAGGCCAAGAAGAAAGCUGCCGAGGAGGCCACGAAGAAAGCUGCCGAGGAUGCGAGGAGCGCUGAGGAGGCCAAGCAGAAAGCUGCCGAGGAGGCGAGGAGCGCUGAGGAGGCCAAUAAGAAAGCUGCCGAGGAGGCGAGGAGCGCUGAGGAGGCCAAGAAGAAAGCUGCCGAGGAUGCGAGGGCCGCGGGGGAGGCACACAAGAAAGCUGCCGAGGAUGCGAGGGCCGCGGAGGAGGCCAGGAAGAAAGCUGCCGAGGAUGCGAGGGCCGAUGAGGAGGCCAUGAAGAAAGCUGCCGAGGAUGCGAUGGCCGCCGCGGCACAGACGAACGCUGGCGAGGAGGGCGGGGCCAAGGUGACGACCUCGGCCGUGGCGAAGCUCAAGCCGAAGCCGAAGUCUGCAGCAGCGAAGGCUGCGGCUGCGGCUGCGAAGGGCACCCUGCGGAUCGACAAGGCCUUCGGCCAGGGCUCGGCCCACUAG